GUUGAUGCCGAUGGUGUGAUGUGAUCCUUUCGCCUCGAUCUGAAGAUCUGAAGCUCUGAAGCUCUGAAGCUCUGAUUCCAUUCAGCGUUUCAGUAUACCGGCCAUGCCGUCAUCAUCGUCUCCUCUGGAGCUCAUCGCUCUGGCUGAGCACUCUCUCUCUAUUGCUCGUUCUCUCUCUUUCUCCCUCACUCCUGAGCCGCUCAGUCCGUACACGGAUGGGACGGUGUUCAGCCUUUCGUGGCACGCCGGAACAGCGCGUAGUACCUGCGAGCUCUACCGCAACGCCAUUGUGCUGAUCUGCACCGGGGGCAGUGUGCUGGUCGGUGGCGUGAUCUUCACUGGCCUCUACUUUGCUGGAAUAUCCAAGACAUACGCCAACAUCCUGGGCCCUGUCAUGCUGUCGUUUGGACUCAUGGUGCUUAUGAUUGGCAUCGUUUUGGUGCCUAUUACUCAUGAAAUGAGGCAAAACGCGUUUAAGAGAAUGUGCAGCUGGUAUGGAAGUGAAUACACUGUGUAGGACAAGAAGAUAGGAUGUUCACAGGAAACUAUACUGUAUAUUCAAUUCAGUUCAAUUCACAAAGCAGCUUUACGGAAAUCUGGAUGCAGAUUAAGAUUCCUAAUGAAAAAACCAGAGGGGAGAGUGGCGAGGAAAAAAAUCCCUGAGAUGACAUGAGGAAGAAACCUUGAGAGCAACCAGACCACCUCUUCUGAACCUCUUCUGGACAGUGGGAUUAUAAAUCAUUACCUUCCGCAGGUGUAGAAGAGUAAAGACAAUCAGUACAAUCAGGGCCGUAUACGGAAUUGGCGACUUAAGUCCAGAAAUUACAAUGAUAUUCACACUGGGAAGGUUUGUUGUAUUCAGAGAUAGAUUACAAAAAUAUCGGGGAUAGAAAAUGCAGACUGAAGAAGGAAGAAGGGAAUAGUGUUUUUUUUUUCAUUGCUCUCAAAUGUGAAUUUGAAUAGUGAUGUGCACAUUGUCAGUAUUAAAUCCUCACCACACACACUUCACUCUGAAUACGGCCCAUUGUGACUGAAAGUCCUGGCAUGAGCACGGGACAGACUUUAUUAUUACAGUAGAUACAGAGAUACAGAGAUACACAAAGUUCCUUCUGUCUGAGCGAACAACUGCAGUGGAAAUAAUCACAACUUCAUGUAUUUCUGCAUGUGGGAGGACCACAUGUUCAUUUUAGAACGGUAAAGUGCUGAGAGUGCCACACUAAUGGCUAUUAAGCCAAAUGGAAAGAGAUAUUUAAGCACAAUCAAAUAAAUGAUCAGCGCUCUGCACGCGCAAAUCAAUACUCAGCCAUUCACAGAAACUGGUUUUGAUGUUCUGAGUGCUUCAUCUGUAAGAACUACGCUCACAGCUCGCACUAAACAGGAAGUGUCUUUGAGAUAUAUGUACUGUGUAUGUAUUAUAUCACCUACUGUAAAAAGUUUUAUAUAGAGUAAAAUACCUCUUCUGUUUUUUUAUUCGUAUAGUUAAUGGAAACAGAAUUACGUUAAGCACUUUAAACGAAUGAGAUCGGUGUCAGAUUUGAACAAAUGGACUGUAUAACAUGAUCACAUUCUUCAUGCAGCCUACCCAUAAUGCACCUCACUGCCCUCAGUGUUGGUCAGAGAUUAAAAGAAUAGACUAUUUUUGAUGAUAUAUACUUUAUAUGAAACAUUAAAGACAUUAUACUUCAUAUUGUCAUGAUUUAGCUUGCAGAUUAGCUUACACGCAGGGUGACAGUCAUUACUGCUUCAACAAUAUAAUACUGUUAUGCUAAAACUAAAACUUCUGCGUAACAAAUUGUACUGUAUUGUGUAUUACUCUAGAUUG